UUGAGGGCGCAACAAGCCAAAAGGCAACUACAGCACCACACAACUGAGGGAAGAAGAAGCAUUCCCCCACGACUUUGACGUUUAGCUAAAGCGGCUGUCUUGACCUUCCACUUGCAGCGAGACAAACUUAAAAUAUGGCUGGACGAGCCUUUGCUAAAUGGUGGUCCACAGUGAGCCCAUAUUACACGAAGGCGUACCAGGAGAUGUGGGUUGGACUGGGCAUCAUGACAUACCUCUAUUACAAAGUUUCCUACGGCGGAAAGAAGGCAGUGACGAAUAAGCCUGCUCACUGAGUGUCCAACCAUGCCGAAAAUCUGUUCACCUGUGAUAUAAAGCUGUCUCAUCGAUACUGAAGUACUGCUUCAUAUUUGAAUUUUUGUUAAUAUGAAUCAAAUAAAAUUAAAGUGAUCAAC